AUGAAGGUGGCCGAGAAACCCCAGCUCAAACUUCAAAAUGCUGUGAGUAGUAACGAAAAUUUACCCAUCUUCUCUAUCAAGUAUUUCGGCUUCCCGUUAAAUGUUUAUGGAAUCAAAGAUCAGAAGGCAUCCGGGGAGAUCAUUCAUUCUGUCAAUCCCAGUGGUGAUUAUGAGCUGUUCGAUUUGCUGCACGACGUGGGGCUUGAUGAUUUAUUAGCUUUGAUAUUCUUCCAAGUUAUUUAUUUGUUCCAUACUGGUGCAAAUGCGUUGUUUUUGGCUCCUGAGCAGAUGAAGCUUAAGAUAAUUUGUACAUUUCUCAGGUGUCUAUUGUUAUCUUGCAAAGUGUUACUGAAAUUGGCUGGAGAUGAUUUGUCCACUACGCCAACAAUCAUAGUCCCUUGUGUUGUGCCAGAUUCUAAGCUCAAACAAGAAAACAAAUAUUCCAUGGGAAGUGACAAUGCUUCAGUUUAUGGCAUUGAAUUAGGUCCAAAAAGAGAUUUAACUGAGGCUUUGAGCUCCAAAUUGCAAAAGCCCUCUCCAUGUUUGCAGGUUUAUCGUGAAGAUUUGGCCACUCUGCUUCAUUUGUUAACUGCCAUGAAGCUUCCUGCAGUUGUGCUGAUUGGUCAAAGCGGUCAGCGUGUGGCAAGUAAAAACUCCAAAGAUGAGCUCGAGGUAAUAUGCCAGAUAGGGGAGCACUUAGCAAGCAUUUCUGGUCUCCUUUUCUCAAAGGACAAGACAGUUCAAAAUCCACCUAAGAAGUCAAGGGACAACAAAGAGGCUUGGCAUGCGCUGUAUGGAUGAUUUCUUUGAACGAAAAUAGAAAAAGGAAGCCCGACUUUCUUGCACGCGCUAGUUCUUUUUUAAUGAGAACAAAAUAAGGUCUCGUAGUUUAGCUUAUGCUGUCGGAAUUUUCACUUGUGCCACUCGUAUCGAGGCACAAAUUAUAAUUUUUCAUGUUUGAGUGCGUGUAAGUGAAUUCGAGGUUGUUAUGUUUUUUCACGGACUGAUCCUUAAAAAGUGCCUGAAUCCCAAUGUUUGGUCAUUUCAUCAAAUGUUUAUUUAUUUGUACACUUGGUUUUUGUGUAAUGCUACUUAUCAGGAUGCAGGCGAUCUAGAUCUUUAAAAACGUUGAGGAUUACUUCAAGUAAUCUUGAGAAUCUAUAAAAACAUUAGCUUUGGUUGGUCCUAGGUGGUUCGAGCUUCAACUCUGU